AUGCACCGCCCUGGACCUCUUGCCGUUAUUGUUGCUCACAGUCGACGGAGAUAGCUGCUGCCAUUGCCUCACCGCCAUGUCUGCCACACGCCCCAAGGCGGCGCCUCCGCAUGCGGCCAGACCCCCCUCACUCACUGCUUUCGGCGCCUUCUGCGUCUUUGCCGUGGCCAAUCUAGCCGCUGCCGCCUUCUCGCCCAUUCAGGACUGUGACGAAGUAUUCAACUACUGGGAACCUAGCCAUUACCUCAACCAUGGCUAUGGGCUCCAGACGUGGGAAUACUCGCCAGAAUAUGCCAUCCGAAGUUGGACUUAUACCGCUAUCCAUUCACUCAUCAUCUGGGCCGGCACGUGGCCUUUGCAAUUCCUUGGCAUACAAGAAUCAAAGGUCGUCGAGUUCUACUUCCUACGCGUUAUCCUGGCCCUCUUCUGCGCUCUAUGCCAGGCUCGUAUGUAUUCUGCUAUCCGGAAAACGUUCCAGGAGCGCAUAGCCAUCUUCUUCAUGAUCAUCAUGACCAUUAGCCCAGGCAUGUAUCAUGCUGCCCCUGCAUAUUUGCCGUCUAGUUUUGCCAUGUACUUUGCCAUGCUUGGUUUCGCGUCUUUCAUGGACUGGUAUGGCGGCUCGAUCAAGACUGCUCGUGGAAUUACGUGGUUUGCUAUUGGCAGCGCUCUUGGAUGGCCCUUUGCUGGCGCCCUUGCCUUGCUGUUCAUCCUCGAGGACGUCAUUGUGAGCUUCGUCACAGGCACAAUCCUGCAAAGUCUGCAGCGUUUGAUUUUUCAAGGCGGGCUAAGCGCCUUGGCUAUUCUUGCCGUGCAAGCAGGCAUCGACUCAUUCUUCUACAGAGAACCAGUAUGUGUACCAUUGAACAUUGUCCUGUACAACGUCUUCAGUGGUGGCGGCAGAGGCCCCGAUAUUUACGGAGUAGAGCCAUGGCAUUUCUACAUACGUAAUUUGGCCUUGAACUUCAACAUUUGGUUCUUCCUUGCCCUGGUUGCCCUGCCGCUGCUUCUUAUUCAGUACCUUGUGUUCGAGAAAUCUGUCUCACAGCAUACACUGAGGCGAUCUGUGGUUUUUGUUAGUCCGUUUUAUCUAUGGCUGACAAUCUUUACUGUCCAGCCUCACAAAGAGGAACGAUUCAUGUACCCAGCAUAUCCGGCACUAGCCUGGAAUGCUGCACUAUCGUUGCACAUAUUCCUGGCCAACUUUGGCUCCAUGGAUCCACGACACCUAGUCAGUCGGAUUCCUCCUAUGGUGAAGCUUAUCAUCGUUUGUAUCCCACUACUUCUGUCGUUCAAUGUGGGCAUGCUCCGCACUAUUGGUCACAUCACGGCUUAUUCAGCGCCACUGAACGUCUACAAACCACUGUUUGACCCCAAGUUUGUCCGCAUCGAAGGCAUGCCGGAAGACAUGGUGUGCUUGGGUAAGGAGUGGUACCGCUUUCCAUCCUCGUUUCAUUUACCGUCAGGUGUUCGUGCAAAGUUUAUCAAGAGCGAGUUUUCUGGACUCUUACCUGGUGAAUUCAGCGAGGGCGAAAUGGGGUCAGAGCUAUUCCCGGGUACAUGGAUGGUACCAAUGGGGAUGAACGAUGAAAAUCGCGAAGAUUCCGGGAAAUAUAUUGAUAUUCAACAUUGCGACUUCCUGGUUGACUCACGGUUUCCCGGAAUGCCACCAACAAGGCUUGAGCCCGACUAUAUCUCCGAAACGGAGCAAUGGGAAACUUUGAAAUGCCUCCCAUUUCUUGAUGCAAGUGAGACGAGCUUUGUUGGUCGCACGCUCUGGAUUCCGGAUCUGCCAUUUAUACCCGCAAAAUUCCAGCGCAAAUGGGGCGAAUACUGUCUUUUACGACGAAAGAAAUAG